AGGAGCCUGAUGUGAAGAGGCUGGCAGACCUGGUAACAGGGACAGAUCCGUGCGGGAUGGAUGGAUCGUCUGAGUAGCGUAGUCAGGCAGGCCAGGUCAGCAACGUGCGGGCAGCGAGGUACCGGAGGAGCAGGCAGAGAAUGGUCAGGGUCACAAGCCGGGUUCAGCAGAAGGAUGGUCAGGCAAGCCAGGGGUUAAACAGGAGACGGUCAGGAACAAUGCAGAGGUCGGCAACAGAAGAUUCACAGGAUACCAGGUAC